CGCGACCGUCAGCUUGUCUCGCGCAGCACACUUUUUUUCAGUAGUACACGCUCUCUUAUAGCGUGCGUCACAUCGUUGCGUCUCCUGUCAGCCGCAGUUGCGCUGAAGCCAUAUACUCCAGUUUACUGAAAUAAAGGUCUACCCGAGUCUCAAAAGAGGAUUCAAGAACAAGGAUAAUAUUUUAACCAUAAUGCCAAAACUGGUUAAAAUGGUUUCAACUGGGGAUUCAAAAGACGCGUCAAAGUCAUCACAGAGCAAUGGACAUCACACAUCACAAAUAUUUCAUUGUUUAACAACCCUCGUAUGUUUCAUGUUGUCGGCGUCUUCGGUGGCAGUUUGUCUGUUUAUGAACGUCAAAACAUCUCAUCUUGAGCGUAAAAUUGAGCUUCUGGAGAUGGAGCGACUGUCUGUGAUUCAACCUGCGCACGCGACACUGGAUGCGAACGCGACUCUUCGGGAUGCGAUAGAGAAACUUGUGCAAGAGAGAUUCGGAGAGGGAGUGUCGAAAAUUCGCACAGCUCGAGAAGUAGGGCAAGAGUGCUCGUGUCCUCCAGGUCCUCCAGGAAAACGGGGAAGAAAAGGCAACCCUGGAAUUCCAGGCACUCCAGGACGAGAUGGCUACCCGGGUUCAAUGGGUAUGGAUGGUAAACCUGGACCUCUAGGUCCAAACGGCAGUCAGGGAAUGCCGGGACCAAAAGGAGAGAAGGGUGAGCAGGGAGACAUGGGUCCCAGGGGACCACCGGCCUACGCUGCUUCUGCAGGCCUGCUCAGUAAUCAGAUUCUCACGGUUAAGGGUGAUCAAGGUCAGGCUGGGCCCCCAGGACCUCCAGGAACACCUGGUCCCAGAGGGCCUCCAGGAAACACAGGCAGAGAUGGGCCGCAGGGCCACCCAGGAAAACCAGGUCCUCCUGGAAAAGAUGGAAAUGAGGGUCAAAGAGGGCCACCUGGCAUGCAGGGUAUGAAUGGUGUCAAUGGCAUACCUGGCCCACAGGGCCCUGUAGGGCAAAAGGGGGAUAAGGGUGCUCCAGGUACUGAGGGGAAGAGAGGGACUGAUGGAUCCCCUGGCAUGAAGGGUGAAAAGGGAGAUGUUGGAGAUCCAGGACCCCAGGGUUUGCCUGGAGAGAAAGGAGCUACUGGCUUCAUAGAAAAUGCUGAUCUGGCUGUUAGACUAAAAACUCUACAGGGGCCUCCAGGCCCUCCAGGAGAGCAAGGGCCAAAAGGAGAAAUGGGCUUACCUGGAGCACCAGGACCUGAAGGAAAGCAGGGCCAUAAGGGAGAGAGAGGUGAUGCAGGAGAGCCUGGAGCAGCAGGAGCAAAAGGGGAAAAGGGGGACAUUGUGCUAUCAGGGCCUUCAGGGGAAGCAGGGCAAAAGGGAGAUAAAGGAGACUGUAGGCUUGAGGACAAUCUGGCCCAGAUUAUUUCUAUGCCUGGCCCACCAGGGCCACCAGGACCCCCUGGGCCUGCCGGAUAUGGAUUGCCUGGACCCAAGGGAGAGCCUGGUGAGUCAGUUCAAGGAGAAAAGGGCGACGCUGGAGAGAGAGGUCCACCUGGGCAGCGGGGUCUUCAAGGCUUUCCGGGGUCUAAUGGCUUGAUAGGCCUGCCAGGUGCAAAAGGUGAAAAGGGAAAACCAGGUGAACCAGGUUUAGAUGGUUUCCCAGGGCUUCAAGGAGAAAAGGGGGACAGAGGAGACAAAGGGGAGAAGGGUGAGAGAGGCUCAAUAGGAAAAAAAGGUCUGAAAGGACAGAAGGGAGAGCAAGGACCUCCAGGGCUUGAUCAGCCUUGUCCUGUGGACACCAGUGGGUUUAGAGAACAUGGUGGGGAGGCAAGGGCUCCAUCAGAUGCCCCCUGCCCUUUGGUACAGUAUUUUUUUUCUUGUGUGUGCCCACAUCAUUUCGAUGUUUCCAUCCUGGUGCUUGGGGUUCCCUUGUCCACAACCAUGAGAUCUGACUCUCAGGAUGGCUUGGCAUAGACCAGAGCUUGAAAUUCCUUAUCACAGGUGUUUUUAUCAUUUCUAACAAUGCAAAGUUUUGCCCCAUACACAAAUGAAUUCUAACCAGGGACAUGCAAAACUGCAUUAUUUUCAAAAUUGACAACUGUCAAGUGUUAAAGCAGCAAUGUUGCAAACAGACAGAAUUUGUGUAAGAGGAUAUUCUCAUAACAUUGACUUUAUUCUUUAUUCAA